CAUAUGAGUAGGUCUGAAGGCAUUCAGUUUUUGUUGUCCGUUGGUGUAUCAAGAGGAGAUUAUGCUGCAAGUUGUUUUGAUGCAAUAAUGUCUAUUAAAAAUUCUAUUCCUUCUUUACCCAUUAAUUCCAAUAUGAGUAAUUACGCAGAAGUACCCAAAAAUUCCGACGAAAAAGUAUUUAUUGAAAAGAUUAACCAAUUAACUUUGCAAUUAGGAGACGUUGCCAAACAGCAAAAAGAUUUAAAAGACAAAUUAAAAGUCAUAGAGAAACAAAUAAAUUUCGAUGAAAAUUUCCACAUAUUAUCAAAUAAAAUAGACGAAUUAAAAAAUGCACAGACAAACAUCAUCAGAACCAUCGCCGGAAACGAAGAACAAAGCAAAAACUCAUACCAACACCUCCACAGCAUCUUGGUGAACCUCAACGAACACCAAAUCAAGUUCAAAAACACAUUCACAUCAGAAAUUAAUCAAUGCAAAGCGAAAUCAGAUAACAUCGACAGUACACUUUCGAAGACGAUAAGCGACCUGAAAGAUCUAACCCAGGCCACCAAAAACUACAACGAAAUCAACGAAUCAGAGAAAGCCGACCUGAAAAAGUCGAUCGCCAUCGUCGAUGAGAACUUCGUUGCCUUCACCGAAGAGGUAAGGAUACGAGACGAUGAACUGUCGCAGUGGAAGCUGGCCCACACCUCAUCUCUGCAACAACUUAAGGAAAUACAGACUUUAAAUGGUUCCACGAGUAACAAUCUAAAUGUUGACAUAGAUAAAAUUAAUAAAACGAUGAAGGAAAUCGAAGAUGUAAACGUUGGCGUAAAUACGUGUUUGAAGCACCACGAAAGCGUGUUAAACCACCACGAAUUAGUCGUGAAGUACAUUAAAGAGGACGAAAAAGAUUUGAUUAAAGAAAUCAACAAAUUGAAGAGUCGACUUAAUUCCAUUGAGAAGAAGAAUAAUAUAUCUAAAUUCGCGGUAGAAGACAAGAGGGAAAUUCAGUUAAAUGGAGUGCCGGAAGUGAGUUCCUCGAGCAUUAAUCUAUCUUCUAGUGUGGAUGUGGAUUUGAUAAAAGGAUUGAUAAGGGACGAAAUAGGGGAAUACGGAAAGGAACAGUUACAAUUUGUGAAUUUGGUCAGCGAUAACUGGUUAAUUCUAACAAUGAUCUUCCUUCUAGUCGCAUUAAUAAUCGUUUAUUUUUUAUAA